AUGUCUUCGCCCUUAUAUUCCAGAAGUUUCAGUGUGAUUAUUUCUUCUUCUUCUUCUUCUUCUUCUUCUUCUUCUUCUUCUUCUUCUUCUUUACUUCAUUAUCACAGUUAUUAUAUCUAUCUAUCUAUCUAUCUAUCUAUCUAUCUAUCUAUCUAUCAUUUUAUCUAUCUAUCUAUCUAUCUAUCUAUAUAUGAAGCCAGUCUCCCGGGUCAAGUAGCGACAGAAGCAGCAGCAGCAGUUACAACGUUAAGGAGCACCGUAGGUGGUGACGGAGGCGGUGAUACUGCGACGGUGGUCCCCAUGGGUAAUGAAGAAGCCGUCACUCGCAAACGCUUCUUACAUGAGGACAUUGUACGCAUGUACAAGCACAUUGGUAGCGACAUGGCGUCCAUGGUCCUGUCUCCGUACGGUCCCGUGAAGACAGAGCCGGACGUUGCUGCGGCAGCGGCGGCAGCAGCAGCCACCAGUGGCUACUUCAGUCGGGGCUGGGCCGAUUGCUCAGCCAAGUUGCACCUGUCCCAGACUAGUAGCAGUAACGGAACGGGACAUCUCCAUCUUAAUACCAAAAAGAACGGUGCACACAACGGAGGAAAUGGAGGGCUCGGCCAUAGUGCGGGCGGUGGAGGAGGAGGCGGGACAAACACAAGCUCUAGUGUUUCAAUGGAUACAAAAUCAGCUUUUAAUCUAUCAACAAAUUCCAGUAAACUGUUCAGCAACGGAGGAGGUGGCGGCGGAGGCGGUGGAGGCAAUGGUAGUAACACCGGCGGUGGUGGUGGUGGAACAAGUGGGAGCGAUGCCAGCGCCGAUGCUCUUGACGCAGGUUAUACCACUGGCCUUCAACAGCAGCAAGAUGCCCGGGGUGUUCGAAUCCACCCAUCUAUGACUAAUGGCAACAGUGGAGGAAAGGCUUCCUCUCGCCUUUCUUGUACACUCGCUGCUGCGUCCCGGCCUCUUGGCUCCACCACCCUGACAUCAACUAGGAAAGUCUUUCUCCCAGCAGUAAUCAGUAAAUUUACACAUAUCUAUCUAUCUAUCUAUCUAUCUAUCUAUCUAUCUAUCUAUCUAUCUGCAUGA